CGCGUCGUAGUCGUCGCGAACCGGCUGCCGGUGCGGGUGCAGCGCGGAGACAACGGCGAGCUGCUCUACUCCAUCUCGCCGGGAGGGAUGGUCUCCGCCCUCCUCGGCGUGCGCGGCAUGCGCAUGAUCUGGGUCGGGUGGGCCGAGAUCGACGACACGACCGCGGCCGAGAGGGAGCAGAUACGGAGGACGCUCUGGAGGCGCGAGAUUCGACCGAGAUUCAGCCGAGAGAUGCAGCCUCGGCGGCGGCUCUGCGAGGACUCCUCGGCUUGCGAGCCGGUCUCCCUCCCCAAGAGCGGCGCGCGGCUGCACUACGCGGGCUUCUGCAACGACGUGCUCUGGCCGCUCUUCCACUACGUCACCGACCUGCGCUCCGGCUUCCACGCGCAGUGGGAGGCGUACCAGGCCGUCAACGGCCACUUCGCCGCCGCCGUGGCGAGGGUGGCACGGCCCAACGACCUGGUCUGGGUGCACGACUACCACCUGAUGCUGCUGCCUGGGCUGCUGCGUGCGCGGCAGCCGCGGCUGCGGAUCGGCUGGUUCCUGCACACGCCCUUCCCGUCGCUCGAGGUCUUCCGCACGCUGCCGAUGCGCAAGGAGAUCCUGAGCGGGCUCCUUGCCGCCGACCUGCUCGGCUUCCACAUCUACGACUACUCGCGCCACUUCUUGCACGCGUGCACGCAGCUGAUGGGGUCGGAGCUGUCCCUCGAGUCGCGAGGCAUCGCGUGGGACAUGCCUCUUCCCGCGGCCGGCGGCGGCGGCGGCGGCGGCGGCACGAUGCGCCACUCGGUGCGGGUGGACGCUUUCCCGAUCGGGAUCGACCCGGACCGGUUCCGGCGCGCGCUCGACGCCGCCGAGGUCAAGGGCCGCGUGCUCGAGCUGCAGCGGCAGUACGCGGGCGUGUCGGUCCUGCUCGGCGUGGACAGAGUCGACUACAUCAAAGGCUUCUCGACACCGAAUGGCCGAGCAGGCAUCCCGCACAAGCUCCUCGCGAUGGAGACGCUGCUCGAGACGCACCCGCAGUACGUCGGCCGCGUCGUGCUGCUGCAGAUCGCCGUCCCCACGCGCACCGACGUGCCAGAGUACCAAAAGCUGCGCGCCGCGGCGCACGAGCUCGUCGGUCGCAUCAACGGCCGCUUCGGCUCGCCCGGCUACGCGCCCGUCCAGUACCUCGACAAGUCUGUCGACUUUGCCGAGCUCGCCGCGCUCUACCACACCUCCGCCGCGCUGUCCAUCAACCGGCUAGGCAUGAACCUCGUGGCCUACGAGUACGUCGCUUGCCAGCAGGCCGCCAAGGGCGUGCUGGUGCUCUCCGAGUUUGCAGGCGCCGCGCAGGCGCUCGAGGGG